AAAAACAUUUUUAAACAGAAAAAGGAAUAGGUAAUGCAAUAUUAACAUAUUGACAAUUAAAACGAUAAAAAUACAAAAUCAGGAAAAACAGAAAAGUAACAGAAACGACUUUUUUCAACCAUAACAACCAAAAAACAAAAAUGAUGACACUAACACUUAUAACCCUUAUGGUGCUGGCUGGGUGUGGCACAAUAAUAGGACAACUAGUAAACAUACCAAAAGUUACCCCAGGGAUUACAUACGGCAAUGGCUCCAUAAAUGCACCGGUCCAAAUUGAAAUGUUCAUAGAGUUGAACUGUGGAGAUUCACUUCUGGCCUGGUAUACCUUAAUGAAUGUCACUAAAGCGUUUGGGGAUAAUAUUGUAAGGUUGCGAUACAAUCAUUUUGCUUUGCCCUACCAUAGAAAUGGAUUCCUUGUAGGCCAGGGGGCGUACUUGGUACAGGCAGAGAAACCAGAGAAAGUAACUGCUUAUAUGGAUGAGGUAUUCAGUCAUCUUCGUUACUUCAGUACAGGAUUCGGGGCUAACUUUACAAGAGAUGAUAUCCUUAACUUCCUGGGUGAGUUGGCUGAAAACAGCACUGGUAUCCCUAGAAGCAACUUCACUCGAGAUAUAGGGAAGUACUGGGAUACAGCCAGACAAGCAUGGAAAUAUGGCAUCAGACAGGGUGCUGCUGGAACACCAUGGUUCUAUAUCAAUGGCCUUGACCUGACCAGGGACCCAAACCAACCUAUCACAUAUGAACAGUGGGUGCAAAUCAUCAACAAUCUAAUUUCAACAUCCGAUUUUUCUGCAGAAUCUUUCUCAUUUGAUGCCAUCCAGUCUACACCAGUACCUUACUUACCAACUCAGGUGACACCUAUUCUACCCUCCCUCUCUGGUCAUAUCUACAAUGAUGGCCAGCCCCAUGCCAGUGUAACAGUGGAGAUGUAUGGGGAGCUGCUAUGCCCUUACUCUAAGGCACAAUGGCCUAUCCUGAAGCAAGUAGCAGACCACUAUGGUGAGGAUAGGCUCAGACUGGUGGUGCAUCAAAACCCUCUACCUUACCACAGAAAUGGCUUCUUGGUGUCUCAGGGUGUGUUGCUGAUGCAAGAUAAAAAGCCAGAGAGCGUUAUACCAUAUAUGGACGCUGUAUAUGCUGCUGCCUCUAAUUUCUCUACUGGGAGAUCAUCCCACAUGUCCAGGAAUGAUGUCAUAGAAUUGCUUUCAACCAUUGCCAACCAGGCUACUUCCAUGCCUAUAGCAGACUUUAAGGCCAACAUAGAUAGAUACCGCUGGUCAUUAGUUCGGCAAUGGAAAUACUAUGCAAGGCUUGGCAUAGCAGGCACACCUUGGUUCUCUGUGAAUAGUGUCCUACUAACUGGUGGGACUCCCAGUGAUGUAGAAGGUUGGAAAGCACUUCUUGAUAAUUAUGUUAAAGAAUAUGUUACAACAACACCUGUACCCCCUGCAACAACUGUAUCGUCUGGUAACCUAGCAACAACCAGCUUCAUUACCAUAGCAACAGCUGCCACAAUAAAAUUUGCUAUUUAAAAAAAAGCUUUGGGUUGU